AUUUAUUUUUAUUACAUUUUCUAAGAAACACUCUGCCUGAAGAUGGGUGCGGUUCGGUGCGGUGCGGUUCUUGCAGUUACAGUUGCGGUGUGGUUUUGGUCGGCUUCUGCGAACUUCUUCGAUCCUUUUAUUCAUCCUAUCUUCGGAAAUGGUUGCGAAGAGAAUAGCAGUGUUUGUGGGAAGGGAAAGUGCUUGAAAUCAGACAACAGUAGCUUUGGGUUUAUUUGCGAAUGUGAAGAUGGAUGGAGGCAGGCACGUGCUGGUCACGAGCAGUUCUUCGCAUUCCUCCCCUGCGUCGUCCCCAAUUGCACAUUCAACUACACCUGUAGUGAUGAUGCAGCUCCAGCUCCGACUCCGGCCAGUCGAAAAAAGCCCGACUUCCAUAUUUUUGACCCAUGUUUUUGGGCACACUGUGGAGGUGGAGGCUCAUGCAACGCGACAUCUCCAUUUACGCACGAUUGUCUUUGCGACGAGGGCUACCACAAUUUGUUCAAUUCCUCGGCCUUCCCUUGCUACAAAGAUUGUUCGGUGGGACUUGAUUGCGCAAGGCUCGGACUUAAUUUCACCAGAGGCGCGAACUCAAGCAAUAGUGAUCCCAGCGGAGAUAGUGUAGCCGAUGAGACUAAUAGUGAUGGUGCCGUGAUGAGCUCGGGAUUUGACCUCGGAUGGUUAGUGUUUGGGAUGACGAUAUGGACAUUUGUGUCGACAUAUAGUUAGAAAUGAUGUACGAGGAAUCUUGCAACGUUAACCCGGCUUUGGGGCGUGUUAUUGUGGUUGGUUUUUAUUGAAAGCUCGAUAGAUGUAGCCGAGCUAGGUUUUGGUUUUGAUCGAUAUUUUAUUGCAUAAUUAAUGAUAUGUCGCAUUUUAAAACAAGGUCAUUUGUAAUGUAUAACAUCUUAUAUGCUUUUGAGUCUUUGACGUAUGAAUUCUGUCUUGUUUGUGUAUAUAAAAUGAUGUCUUGUUUGAAAUUAUUAAUAAAUUUAU